AUGGCGGAGCCGCCGCCAGGAGCCGCCGCUCCGCGGGGCCGCGGCCGGGCCUGGGAGCGCGGCGGCUCCGCACAGCACCGUGAGGAUGGCACGGAGCCCCCGGGCCCCGCUCACAACGGUCCAGGCACGGAGCUCUCCGGCCCCGCUCACAACGGUUCGGACGCGGAUCCCCCUGGCCCUGCUUUGAACGGUCCGGGCACCGAUGCCCCCGGCCCCAUUCAGGACGGUUCGGACGCGGAGCCCCCCGGUCCCGCUGAGGACGGACCGGGCACGGAGCCCCCCGGCCACGCUCACAACGGUUCGGGCACGGAGCCCCCCAGCCCCGCUGAGGACGGGCCGGGCACCGAGGACGCGGCCGCCCCGCUGGGGCCGGAGCUGCCGCUGGUGCCGCCGGAGCUUCGCGCGCGGCUGCUGGACCGGCGGGACUACCGGGGCCGUGCGCAGGCCGUGGAGCAGCUGCGGCGGGCGGUGGAGGGCUGCAACCCGGCCGCGCUGGGCGCCGCUCCCGCCGCCGCGCUGCUGGGGCUGAUCGCGCUGCUGGACGCGCUGCUGCACGACCCCAACUUCGCGGUGGCGCGGGGCGCGCUGGAGGUGACCCGGCUGCUGGCGCUGCGCCUCGGCCGCCGCGUCCCCGCCGUGCUGGCCCCGCUGGUGUGCGCGGCCGCCCGGGCGCUGGGGGACGCGCAGCCGGCCAUGCGGCGGGACGGCGCCCGGCUGCUGCUGCGCCUGAUGGCGGCGGCCGGGCCGCGGCCCGUGCUGCGCCUGCUGCUGCAGGAGCGGCUGCUGCGGCACCGCAGCGCCCGGCUCCGCGAGGAGCUGCUCCACACGUGCAUCGCCGCGCUGCUCGCCUUCCCCGCCGCCGAGCUGGACCUGCCCCAGCUGGCGGCCGCGCUGGCGCCGGCGCUGCUGGACGCCAAGCGCAGGGUCCGGCACGCCGCCAUGGAGGCGAUGGCCGCGCUGGCCUCGGCGCUGGGCCCCGGCAACGCGGGCGCGCUGCUCCGCGCCCUGGACGCCGUGGAGCUGCGGGCCGGCGGCGCGGGGGCGGCGCUGGCCGUGCGGGCCCGGCUGGCCCGGAACGCGCUGCCCCGGCUGGGCCAGCAGGGACUCGUGGAGUACGGAGUGCCCCUGCCCUGCUCCGGCCGCUGCCGCGGGCCCUGCCCGCCGCCCGGCCCCGACACCGAGUGGCUGCUGAUGGGCAGCCGGAGCCGCAGCGCGCACGGGCCAUGCGGGCACCCCGCCUGCCGCGGUGCCCUGCACGGCCCCGCCUGUGCCCGGCGAGGAACGAGCCCCAGGAGGGUCCUGAGCGCCGGCAGAGGCAAAAACAAGCUGCCCUGGGAGAGCGAGCCGGCUGCGGACGGGGAAGGUGGCUCGGGGGUGAGGAUGCCCGUCGCGAAGGGCGUGGAGCAGUUGGCUGCAGCCAGUGAUCUCGUGCAGCCCGCGAAGGCCCAGCCCUCGCAGGGGACCCCAGGCGGUGCUGAGCUGCUCCUCAGCAGGAGCAGAACCUCCAGGACCUGCCUCCAGCCCGGGGUGGAGCUGGCCCCCGAGCACCCUGCGCUUGCUGCUGGUGCUCUGGGCUCUCAUCAGCCCCAGGUUUCAGGGCAGUGUGGGACCCUUGGAUACUCCCGUGGGAGGAGUGGCAGUGUGGGCUCUGGUUUGCAGUUUCUGGGACUCAAUAACUGUCAGCAGGACAGAGUUUGUUCCAGCCUCAGUUUUUCCAGCAAGACCCAGAGAAGUUUUUGCACUCAGGCAGAGCCCACCAUGUCCUUCCAGGGUCCCAGUGCCAGCCAGGGCACCUUCAUCCUGCCCUCCUUCCCCCUGGCAUCGCCCAGGAACAGCCCCAAGCACCUCUCUGCCCCUGCUGCCCUGGCAGGGAGGUGCCAGGAGGAUCCCAGGAGCCUCUCCAGCUCCUGGCCUCUCAAAAGCUUCCAGGGGCUGCCCAAGCCUGGUGGCCAGAAGCAGCUGCUCAGCCGAAAGCCAGGAGACAACACAGGGGACAGCCCGCUAGAGAAGCAUUCCCUGCAGCUGGAGAAGCAUUCCCUGCAGCUGGAGAAGCAUUCCCUGCCGCUGGAGAAGCAUUCCCUGCAGCUGGAGAAGCAUUCCCUGCAGCUGGAGAAGCCCCCCCUGCCGCUGGAGAAGCCCUCCCUGCAGCUGGAGAAGCAUUCCCUGCAGCUGGAGAAGCAUUCCCUGCAGCUGGAGAAGCCCCCCCUGCAGCUGGAGAAGCAUUCCCUGCCGCUGGAGAAGCAUUCCCUGCAGCUGGAGAAGCAUUCCCUGCCGCUGGAGAAGCAUUCCCUGCAGCUGGAGAAGCAUUCCCUGCCGCUGGAGAAGCCCCCCCUGCAGCUGGAGAAGCAUUCCCUGCCGCUGGAGAAGCAUUCCCUGCAGCUGGAGAAGCAUUCCCUGCAGCUGGAGAAGCAUUCCCUGCCGCUGGAGAAGCCCUCCCUGCAGCUGGAGAAGCAUUCCCUGCAGCUGGAGAAGCCCCCCCUGCCGCUGGAGAAGCCCCCUCUGCAGCUGAGGAGCGCCCUGGGCAGAGGGCAGGCGCUGAGGGGUGCCCGGCCCGUGCCCCCCAUCCCGCGGCUGCCCAGCCCCCGGGAGCGCCCUGGCAGCAGGGAGGGCACGGAGCUGGCAGCAGGGCUGGCAGAGCUGCACCUGCAGCCUGAGCAGGUGGACCAGGAGGAGAUGCAGAAUUCCCUGCGGUCCCUGCGGAGCAGCGCAGCCAAGAAGAGAGCCAAGCUGAGCAGCAGCAUGGCCGAGCUGGAGAGCCCCGACUCGGCGGGGAAACUGGAAUUUCCCGGGGACUGCCCCUCGCUGGGCUCCUCCCCCGGCGCCACCUCCACCGGCGAGAGUGGAAUUGCCAGCCUGGAGUCCCUGGGCUCCCCCGUGGCCGCGCUGCCCCCCAGGAGGAGAGUGAUGUCAGACACUUUCCCAGCACUUGGCAGCAAAUCCCAUCCUGCAGAAGCAUCUCCAGCCAGGCCCAGAGAGCCAGAGGGGGCAGAGCAUCCCCCCAGCACAGGCCCUGCAGAGUCAGUGCCUGGUUUUGCACCAAAGGAUGAUCUGGGAUUCUCAUCUGGAGACGUUGCUGUGGUUGGCACAGGUGUUUUUGGGAGCCCUCCUGGCCCAGCUGCCGGCCAGCCCGUGCCCUGUGUGGCCAGUGGGGAUGCCCAGGGUGCCAGGGAGGGAGCAGAGGCUGCCCCAGGGAGAAGCUUCCAGAACAGCCCUUCCCGUUGCUGUUCUCGUGCAGGGAAGGAAGGAGAGAUAAAAGUGACCUUGUCAAAAUCUGCUCAGGAGAAGCUGAGGAGGAGGAGGAAAGAAGACAAAGAGCACAACCAUAAAGAGCAGCAGGAAGGCAAAGACUUGGAAGGGAAGGAAGAAUUCCCUUGGGAAAGGAUUAGACUGAGUAUGAGUGAACCAGAGAAACUCACAGCAGAAAGUGAGGAUGAGGGGUUUAGUCUCUGUGGGGAUUUACUGACAUCACCAAGAAAUGGAUCUUUGUCCUUAGAAAAUGUGGCCUUGAACCCUUCCCUGAAAAGAACCUCCAGUUUGAAGAGGUCCAAGUGUUCAUCCUUGCUAGAUUCUGAGGAGCCGUGUCCGGGCCGGGGCCGCUGCCGGGAGCCGCCGGUGACGCGGAGCCCCGAGGUGCUGGACCCGGCCGAGCUGCUGCCCUUCCCCCGGCCCGAGCCCGCCCUGGCAGAGGCGCUGGCACUGCUGGCUGACCACGACUGGGAGAAGAAAAUUGAAGGUCUGAACUUUGUCAGGUGCUUGUCUGCCUACCAUGCCCCUAUUCUGACUGCAAAGCUCCAUGAAACAACUCUGGCUGUGGCUCAAGAGGUCAAGAAUUUACGCUCAGGUGUUUCUCGAGCUGCUGUGGUCUGUUUAGGGGAUUUGUUCACCCACCUGAAAAAGAGCAUGGAUCAAGAAGUAGAUAAUGCAGUAAAAGUCCUUUUGCACAAAGCUGGGGAAUCCAACACUUUUAUAAGGGAAGAGGUAGACAAGGCACUGAAGGCCAUGGUUAAUAAUGUGACUCCAGCACGUGCACUUUGUUCUCUUAUAAAUGGAGGGCAAAGCCACCUGCACUCGGCCGUGAGGAGAUGCACAGCCCAGCACGUGGGGGACAUCGUGCAGCGCCUGGGCCCCGAGCGCCUGCUGGCCGCGGGCCGGCCCGUGGCUGAGCGGCUGCUGCCCGCCGUGGCCAGGUUUGUGCAGGACAGCUCCCAGCAGACACGGUACUAUGGGAGGAGGAUGCUCUUCAGCAUGAUGGCUCAUCCUGACUUGGAUAAGAUCCUGGAGAAGUUUGUGCCCCCCAAGGAUUUGCCUUACAUUAAGGAAACUGUUGGCAGCCUACGAGAGAAGGGCCUGGGGGAGAUGCCCUUGGAUACACCCUCAGCCAAAGGGAGGCGUUCCCAGACUGGAAGUGUUGGACAUUUGAGGUCGUCCUCUACUUGCAGAGAUGCUCCCAUCAUCCCAGACAGGGACUGCACGGAGAGCCAGGAGGCCCCUCGGAGAGCAGCCCCUCGCAGCGCCCUGGAGAGCGAGGAGUUCCUCAGGGACCUCGUGGGCUCGCUGAACGCCAGAGAUUUCCGCGAGCGCAUCCGCGGGGUGCGCCAGCUGCUGCUGGACACGGAGAGCAGCCCGGGCCUGGUGCUCGCCAACAUGGUCAGGAUCUUUGAUGCCUUCAAGCCUCGCUUGCACGACUCCAACAGCAAAGUGACCCAGGUGGCUUUGGAGGCCAUGCACAGGAUGAUUCCACUGCUCAAAGACAAUUUGUCACCUGUGAUCAACAUGUUGAUUCCUGCCAUAGUGGACAACAACCUCAACUCCAAAAACCCAGGGAUUUAUGCAGCUGCCACAAAUGUGAUCCAGGCUCUAUGUCAACACUUAGACACCUCCCUGCUCCUGCAGCCGUUCUGCACAAAAGCCCAGUUCCUGAGUGGAAAAGCAAAGCAGGACCUGACAGAAAAGCUGGCUGAGCUGGUGCCGGAGCUGUACCCUCGGAAGCCCUGUGCCGUGGAGCAGAAGGUGCUGCCCGUGCUGUGGCACCUGCUGGGCAGCUCUGCGGGCGGCGGCUCCGUGCCCGGCCCCCGCACGGCCACGGCCGCCUUGGCCCAGGCGCUGUGGGCACAGAUGGGCCCCGGGCUGCUCGCCCACGCCGCCGCCCAGCCCCCGCACAUCAGGAAGAACCUGGAGGAGCUUUUGGAGACGGGAACGUAAAAUGGUGAAAUGGCCGUCCCCAGGUGAAGCUCCAGCGCCGCCUGAGCCGGGCACACGGACGGACGGUGCUGCCGGGACACGGGCGGGAGCAGCCCUGAGCUGGGCACGGUGCCUGAGGGAGAGCCCCGGAGCCGGGCUAGGCUGGACUGCACCGGGAGAGACACCGGAGCCAGGCUGGGAGAGCCUGGGGAGCUCAACUGGGCUGU